AUGGGGUCUUUUAUAUCGUCGGCCUACCAGCACAUAUUUCGAAAGCGAGAGACGCAAUGGCUUGACAUUGACGACUUCGACCUUGACGAGCCGGGUGAGCCAAACCAGCUGAUGUUUCAGGCCUUCGAGUGGUACGUGCCUGAUGAUCAGCGACAUUGGCUACGGCUGCGGGCAGCCCUACCAAGGCUCAAGGAAAUCGGUGUGACCAGCAUACUGCUCCCACCAGGCUGUAAGGCCAUGAGCCCGUCCGGCAAUGGAUAUGAGUUGUAUGACCUUUACGACCUAGGCGAGUUCUAUCAGAAAGGGUCGAGGGCCACCAAGUGGGGAACUAAGGAAGAGCUGGUUGCUCUUGUGACUAAGGCGCAUGAGAUGGAGAUCCGAAUCAUUUGGGAUACGGUGCUUAAUCAUAAGGCUGGAGCUGAUCAUACGGAGAAAUGUAAUGCGGUGAUGGUUCAUCCGAAAGACCGCCGGAAAGUCAUCAGUAAGCCCGUGGAAAUUGAAGGUUGGCUGGGUUUUACCUUUCCUGGCCGGGGGGAACGGUACAGUGAGAUGAAAUAUCAUUGGUACCAUUUUUCAGGAGUCGAUUUUGAUGCCCUUAAUAAGAACAAGGGAAUAUAUAAAAUCUUGGGGCCUGAUAAGAACAAAGACUGGGCGCGGGACGUCAGCAAAGAGAAUGGCAACUACGACUAUUUGAUGUUUUCAAAUCUAGAUUAUUCGAACCCAGAAGUUCGUGAGGACGUCUUCAAGUGGAUUGAAUGGAUGGGUGACCAGCUCCCACUUUCAGGCCUAAGUGGACGCUGCCAAACAUGUUUCAUCUGGGUUUGA